GGCGGGGAACGACGGGCGGAGGCGGCGGCCGGCUCCUCUGCUCUUCUGUUCGGAACAGCCUGCUCCUGCCUGACUCCUCCGUCUUCCUUCGCGCGAGGCCCGGUCGAUCGGUUGGCCGGUUCCGAUCCGCCGGGGGGCUUGGGUCUCGAGGCGAUCGUAUCAUCAACCCGUCGCUCGCGCCGUUCGAUUGGGGCCAUGGACAACCCAGCGCCGCCAACGAAUGCCGCGGCCGUCGCGCCAGAGCCGUCGCCGUCGCGGCGGCUGCCGGACUUCCAGCAGUCGGUGAGGCUCAAGUACGUGAAGCUGGGGUACCACUACCUCAUCUCCCACGGCAUGUACCUGCUGCUCACCCCGCUGAUGGUGCUCGUGGCCGUGCACCUCUCCACGCUGUCCCCACGCGACGUCGCCGACCUGUGGGCGCACCUCCGCCUCAACCUCGUCUCCGUGCUCGCCUGCUCCACGCUCCUCGUCUUCCUGGCCACCGCCUACUUCCUCACCCGCCCGCGCCCCGUGUACCUGGUCGACUUCGCCUGCUACAAGCCGGGUCCCGAGCGCCGGUGCACGCGCGACACCUUCAUGCGCUGCUCCCGGCUCACGGGCUCCUUCACCGACGCCAGCCUCGAGUUCCAGCGCAAGAUCCUGGAGCGGUCGGGGCUCGGCGAGGACACGUACCUGCCGCCCGCCGUGACGCGGGUGCCGCCCAACCCGUCCAUGGACGCGGCGCGCGCCGAGGCGCGGGAGGUCAUGUUCGGCGCCGUGGACGAGCUGUUCGCCAAGACGGGCGUGAGGCCCAAGGACAUCGGGGUCCUGGUCGUCAACUGCAGCCUCUUCAACCCGACGCCGUCGCUGUCGGCCAUGGUGGUGAACCACUACAAGCUCCGCGGGAACGUGGUGAGCUACAACCUCGGCGGGAUGGGGUGCAGCGCCGGGCUGCUGUCCGUGGACCUCGCCAAGGACCUGCUGCAGACGCACCCGGGGUCGUACGCGCUGGUGAUCAGCACGGAGAACAUCACCCUCAACUGGUACUCGGGCAACGACCGCUCCAAGCUCGUGUCCAACUGCCUGUUCCGGAUGGGCGGCGCGGCGGUGCUGCUCUCGAACCGGCGGGCCGACCGGCAGCGGGCCAAGUACGAGCUGCUGCACACCGUGCGCACGCACAAGGGCGCCGACGACCGGUGCUUCGGCUGCGUGACGCAGGAGGAGGACGGCGAGGGCAGGGUCGGCGUGUCGCUGUCGCGGGACCUGAUGGCCGUGGCCGGGGACGCGCUCAAGACCAACAUCACGACGCUGGGCCCGCUGGUGCUGCCGCUGUCGGAGCAGCUGCUGUUCAUGGCGUCGCUGGCCGCCAAGAAGCUGCUCAAGGUGAAGGGGGUGAAGCCGUACAUCCCGGACUUCAAGCUGGCGUUCGAGCACUUCUGCAUCCACGCCGGCGGCCGCGCCGUGCUGGACGAGCUGGAGAGCAACCUGUCGCUCACGGACUGGCACAUGGAGCCGUCGCGGAUGACGCUGCACCGGUUCGGGAACACGUCCAGCAGCUCGCUCUGGUACGAGCUGGCCUACAGCGAGGCCAAGGGCAGGAUCCGGCGGCGUGACCGGGUGUGGCAGAUCGCCUUCGGGUCGGGGUUCAAGUGCAACAGCGCCGUGUGGCGGGCGCUCCGGGCGGUGAACCCGGCGGAGGAGACCAACCCGUGGAUGGACGAGAUCGACAGGUUCCCCGUGGAUGUUCCCAAGGUCUCCAAGGUUUCCAGCGCCUGAAAUGCUAUUUUGCCCUGCCAAUCCCCAUUCCUUCAGUUCAGAGUUUGCAAUUCUUUGGAUUCAAGGAUCUGCUAGGAAUUCGUCAUAGAUCAUCAUCAGCUCGGGUUAUACGUGACAUUAGUUGUUUCUGUAUGCCACUCGUUUUAUAUAUAGUUCCGAGUCCUGUGACAAUUGCCCUGUGACAUCA